AUGGCCAACAUGCCGACGAACCGCUGGUGGCGUCCUCAACACCCCUUCAUACAGAUUAAGCCGACUGUGAACCAGCUCAUCAGGCAGCGACAGAACUCAUGGAGGCCAAGUGAGAAAAUCCUUCCGAAGCUACUUCAGGGCUCAGCUGAGCAUCUCGACUGUAUUAUGCUGGACCUCGAAUGGAUCCGCUACGACUACAUCGUCCGCCUGUCAAAGAACCACACAAUCCCCAACACGAAGGACGCCGUCCGCGACUUCGUAGCCGAGUGCGAAAAGCUGCUGAACCACACCGACGUCGUGGCAUCCCCUGAGGUCCGGGCGCACAUGUUCGGGCGCAUCCGCUCUAUCGCCGUCGACCUGAUGAAGCUCAUCCAGAAGAAGCAAGCCUACGCCGCUCUCUGCCGCGAGAAGCGCUACGAGGACCUGGUGACCUGGCGUGCCGAGAACCCCUCAGGCUUCAAGCCGCACCUCCCCCGCUGGACGCAGUUCCUGGGUCAUGAAGCGCCCGGCGCACAGCGCUUGUUGCUUCAGUACAGAAAUGUGCUGCAACCGAACCGCAGUACCUACCAGGUCAUCCCGCAUGGUGGGGUGAUGAUACUGAUGGAUUGGGAUAACGAGACAGUUGCUAUCAUCAACGAUCUGGAUGAGAAGAGAGAAGGACAGCCGACACUCUUGCAGCAGCGCAUUGAAUGGGGUCAUACCAACGUCCAUAGCUUGCGGAAUGGAUUGCGGACUUUCGAGCCGAAGAUCUUCGAGCCAUCGCCAUGGAACAAGACCUCGGAGGACCUCUUGGGUUACCAAGACCUCGAGUCUAUGGAUCGUUCGUAUGCGGAGAUGGAUGAGCGAGACCGUGAACUACCAAUCGAAUACCUACAAUUUCGCUGCGUGUUGAUACAGAAGUUCUUGAAGCGCAGGGGACCCAGGGGUUGA